GUUACAGUCGUCAUUUCAUUAAUCAUCAUGUUAGACUGUUACUUUGUGUUGAUUUUAAAAACCUUUUGUUAACCUCUUCUUUCACUCAAGACUUUCCAUCCAACUACACUAUCACAACUUAUCCUCUCAUCUUUAUCUUUCUAAUCAUAUUUUGCUUUUAAAUGUCUCCCUCACUUAUUUGUUUGUUAUCAGUGUUAAUUUCAUUUCAAGUUCUUGAUCUGUGGUUUAUCCAAGGGACAUUGUCACUAUAAUUGUAACUCAUCUUAUAUGUAAAUUACCUUUUCCUUUUAAUGAUCCGUUAGCUUCCCUUUCUCUAUGGCCUUAGCAACAAGAAUUGAAAGCAAAGAUAGGUUGAUUCUUCGAUACAAUACUGGAUUUAUAUUCAUCACCAUGUUCUAUUCUUCCUGAUAUGAUAUCAUCAGAUUUGGCCAUCUUACUCUUAUUUUUUUCUUGCUAAGCCAUUUGACUGGCAUAUUCAACUGUCACCAACAUUGCCAUAACCAUCACUUGUAUUCUCAACACAAAUUUCCUUAAGCUUAGAAAAAAUCUUGCAUAAGAUAAAAUGUCAUCACAUAACUCUACAGAUGAAAAUCAACCUUUACUAGGAGCUGUUGGAGGCGUCGAAACAACUAAUGGAAGCAAUGGAGAUAGAUGGAAACCGCCCAAGUCAGAGGUAUAUGUUCGUCCAGCUGAUUCAAGCUACACUUCAGAUGGACCACCAGCCUAUGAACCAACUUUAUCCAUGUCAGGCGGACGUUUGGCAAUUGCUUGUAAAGUUUGCGGAGCUAUGAUAGAUGUAACUGAAAAGCGAGAACAGCAUGUCGUUAAAUGUGAACAAUGUAACGAAGCAACACCAAUCAAACCUGCUCCUGCCGGGAAAAAAUAUGUUAGAUGUCCAUGCAAUUGUUUACUUGUUUGCAAAGCACCAGCACAAAGGAUCGCCUGUCCUCGUCGCAAUUGUUUAAGGAUUAUAAAUUUGAAUUUAGAGAAUCGUUCUAAUGCUGGUAAUCAAAUUCCUUCUGCUCUCAAUGAAGGCGGUGAACGAAUGGAUAAUGUUACGAGCUCAGGUCCUUUGCCUGAAAUGUGUAGAGUCACUUGUGGCCAUUGUUAUGAAUCUUUUCUUUUCAACACACUAAGCAACUCUUUGGCUCGAUGCCCUCAUUGCCGUAAACUGUCUUCUGUUGGACCUGAAUUUGCUCGUUUCAAAGGCUUAGUUUAUCUGGUUAUUUCAAUUAUUUUCUUUGCCAUUGCUCUUGGAGUGACGCUUGGAACUCUCAAGUAUUUCUCAGAUUUUAAAAGUUUAAUUGUAUUGUAUAUCAUCUUAUUUAUCGCUGAUGUUGCUAUAAUCUUUAGAUCAUUGUUUUACUUAACUAUGAAAGUGAGCAUAAUUGAAAACAGCGCCCCUUGAUUAAUCAAAGUUGAUAAAAAGCGUUCAUAUUCUACAAAAUGGUUCAUCACUCAUCACCGCUAUCAUCAUCGCCAUAACAUUUCUUCAUCAUUAAACAGUAAACAAAAACAAGAAAAUCGCCAUGAAUGCUAACAAAAAACCUCAAAAGCCUUUGUUUUUCUUAUACACCCAAGUCUCGAAGGAAAAAGAAUCAAACAACCGUAACCACUUCACUUCAUACAAAGAGAAAUGCUAAUAAUGGCUGUAAGAUUGAUUUCCAAUCAAUCAGCCUAAUUUUUAACAACUAUGGUCACCUGGAAACGGAACAAAAUGGGGCUAAAAGAAAUUUCAAAAAGAAAAAUCGAUUCAACUAAAUCAAUGUAAAGACACUCAUUCAAAGCAAAAUUAAGUGGCUGAGAUGUCUUUUCGCUGCAUAUUUAUAGAUUUUGUAUUUGUUAUUUACACAAGUCUCAACUUUUUUUUCGACGUUCAAGAAAGAGCCAACUACAAAGAGAAAAUCUAUAUCAUGAAAACAAUCAGUUAAUCACACAAUGUUAAAUCCUGUUGAAAAAAUUGGAAAUUCAAUAUUUUUAUGUUCCAACAACCUUGCAAAAGAAAAUGGAAAAGAUCAAAAGACUGACCUUUUUGAAGUUUUACCUGGAAAGUUGUAAAAGAUGGCUGAAUGGUUAAUGAUUUUCUCCUAUUUUAUACAAUUUCUACGAUUUGGUUCCUAUUUAGUCAACUAAAAAACUAAAAUUAUGUUUCUGUGUUGAUAAUACCGGCUCCAAGACCAAGUUAGUGUUUCCAAUAUAAAAAAGAAGUCAAUAAAAAUUGUGAGACCAUAAUUAUAUCUUAAUUCAAAACGA